UCUCUUCUUGACAUCCACAUGAGGUUGAACAAAGAUGUUGGCAACCAAUUAUUAUUCGAGUAUUUCAAAGAAAAUUAGUGAUUGAUUGUAUUUUCUUAAAUCUGAUCUCUACAAAUUUGACGUUGGAUGCCGGUAUUGACUUUAUUUUUUUUUCUUUUAGCACGAAUUAUGAUUACGAGAGAAUGUGGUUUUUUCUAUGGAAUUUAUUUUGCCACUUUAUCAGUGAAAAUGAGAUUUGUUUCUUGGUCACCCGAGUUUUGGUAAUACGUUAUUCCGGAAGAGUUUAUUUAUAAAGGGUAUUUUAUGAGUGUUAUAGGAUACAAGGAGAUUGUUUCUUGAUUUGGUAUACGAAACUUUGCGGAAAAAGUGGGCGUACUGAGAAGCGUUUUUGGAGGAUUCGAAGUUAAAAGCGUAUUGAGAAGCGUUUACUUCUUCAUCAGCAUCAUUAUUGCCUAUAAAGAGCAAAUCUGGCAGUGAGGAUUAUGGAAUGCAGUUCUUUGAAGGAAAGGUAUUUGCCGAAUUGCCGCAGUGUGAGGACUAAAGAAAAGUCAAAUUCCAUAAUGUUUUUUGCCAAGUGAAAACGUACAAAGUUGGGUUGAGAACCGAGCGGGAGGGGCGAGGCGAAGUUGGUGGGAGACCUUCUCUGAGAAAUUCGAAUGGACUGAUUUGGGGGAAAAAGUCUCCGACUGAUUUUUGAGUAAAACGCAUGCGUUUUACUGUAAAAAGCCACAUAGGAAAGUGAAGACGCGCGUGCGACAGAGGGAAGAGAGAAGGGCGAACCGAAGGAAGUGAAUGCCACUCUCUACUAUAUUUUAGCCUUCGGAAAGCUGACUCAAAACCCUUAAAGCCAGACUUCGGAUUGGGGCGUUACAUCGGUUGUAGACUUGCGCUCGAACUGUGCAUUUUCUCGUUUGGUUUAUCUCCAAAAAACGAAAGAAAAAAGUUAUGCAAAUUCAAAGACUUUCAAUUCCAAAUCACACUCUCAUACCACCAAAUUACUCGCCCUCUCCUCAUAUUUUCCCGUCCUUCAAACUUGUCUCGAGCCACAGUUCUCAGUCCGGGUUUUGCAAUUUAUUUAAUAGGGUCUCCAAAUCACGAACUACUUUGAAAAAGCGUACUGGUUUGAUUAGGGUCAGAUGUGGAAGAAUGGCUCAAGAUAAUGAUGAUGGGUUUUACAUGAGGAGGUGUGUGGAGCUUGCCAGGAAGGCAAUUGGGUGUACCAGUCCCAAUCCCAUGGUGGGAUGUGUGAUUGUCAAGGAUGGGAAAAUUGUUGGGGAAGGGUUUCACCCAAAAGCUGGACAGCCUCAUGCUGAGGUGUUUGCUCUGAGAGAUGCUGGGGAUUUGGCUGAGAAUGCAACAGCAUAUGUGAGCUUGGAACCAUGUAAUCACUAUGGGAGAACUCCUCCCUGCACUGAAGCCUUGAUUAAAGCCAAAGUGAUAAAGGUAGUCGUUGGUAUGGUGGAUCCAAACCCUAUAGUGGCUUUGAAGGGGGUGGACAAACUGAGAGAUGCAGGAAUUGACGUGAGUGUGGGUGUGGAAGAAGAAUUAUGCAAGAGGCUUAAUGAGGCCUAUAUCCAUCAAAUGUUGACUGGAAAUCCCUUUUUAACACUAAGAUACUCUCUCUCGGUUAAUGGCAAUGUGUUAGAUCAGCUUGGCAAAGGAGUGAAAGAGCCUGGUGGCUACUACUCACAAUUGUUGCAGGAAUAUGAUGCAGUUAUACUUUCUCCCACCUUAUUAGAUGAUAAGUUCUCCAUUCCAGCAUCCCAAGAACCUGGAGCCAAGCAACCCCUUUGGAUUCUAACAGCAAGAACUUCUCAUCCUCCAAUCAAAAUUCCAGGCCUUUCCACUGAGGAAACUGCUAAGAUGAUAAUCUUCACAGACAAAAAGAUGGAUGUACAGCAGGAAACGGUUCUACAGGGAAUUGAAACAGUGGUUAUGGAUCAGAUAAAUCUGAAGGCAAUUCUGGAAUAUUGUAAGCGUCAAGGGUUUUGCAGUGUUCUGCUGGAUGUGAGGGGGAACUUUGGGGAUAUUGAAGAGCUUCUUAAAGAGGGUAUCGAGCAAAAUCUAUUGCAAAAAAUUGUCGUGGAAGUUUUGCCCAUUUGGCAUGGAAGUAAUGGCGAAAGUCUGCUAGUGGCAAUAAAUAGUAUAGAUAAAAGAUUAAAAGUAAAGAAGUUACAGUCCAGAACCUCGAAUGAGAAUGUGGUGCUCGAGGCUUAUCUUUAAUGUAAGUGACUAGAGCUCAUUUGAAAUGUAACGAAUGUGACAAAUGGUAAAAGUUUGGGUUUUCAUCUUCCUAUGGAUUGAGAGAAGGAAACAAUUUAGCUGAUUGAGCUUUCCCUCCUCACUUUUGUUUACAAUGGAAAAGGCCAGCAUGGUUCUCUGAUCUGAGCAUGCAGCCUCAUUUGCAGAUGUCUUUCCUCACAUUUGUUUCAGAUGUUUGAAGAUGUACUCUUAUGAUUCUAUCAAAUGAUAAUGCAGGGAUGUACCUAAUAAUUUCAGAGGGCAAAUUCAGCUCGGCAUGGUAGCUAUUAAUUUUUGUCUAGUGGUUAAAGCAUCGGCAAACUUUACAGGUCUAAGAAUGCUUAGUGAGAGGUUUGCCUGUAUUGUUAUAUACUUUGUAAAACAUUAUAGGAAUUUGUCUCCAUUUGAGUUUUGAACACACAAAA